CUUAUAACUACUAAAUCAUUUGCUCUGGAAAAAUAAUACAGUCGAGGAACCGGAAAGAAAAUAUAAUAAUAAUUGAAAAUAAAGAAAUUAUUGUUGCUUUCCUGCUGCUGCUGCUGGUGGCAACAUUUAAAUCCUUUAUUUCCCUGACACUUCGCUAAACUUGCUACCAAGCAACCGAGCCAUCUCUCUCCCUCCGCCAAAUUCCACCGCCUCAAAAAAUUCCCCCGAAAAACGCAGCGGCCACCGGCUCCGGCGAAAACCUCGUCCCGUCAACGGUGACUCAAUGCGAAGUAGUCGCGAACACAGAGAGAACUAAAUUUCCAAGUACACAGGAACGAUGUCGCCGCAGAAACGAUCCUCGCCGAUCUCAGCGCCUCCGGCGGCGAGUCCCGGGAGCAGCGAUCUCAAGCCACGAGUCAUAGCCUGCCUGAACAAGCUCUCCGACCGCGACACCUUCGCCGUCGCCACGGCCGAGCUCGAGUCAAUCGCUCGGAGCUUGACUCAUGACUCGUUCUCUCCGUUCCUCAACUGCAUUCACAACACCGAUUCCUCCUCCAAAUCCCCCGUCCGGAAGCAAUGCGUGAGCCUGCUGGCGCUCCUCUCUCACUCCCACGGGAACUCGCUGUCCCCUCACCUUUCCAAAAUGGUCUCCACCGUCGUCCGCCGCCUCCGGGACCCGGAUUCCGCCGUCCGGUCGGCCUGCGUCGAGGCCGCCGCCGCCAUGUCGUCUCAGGUCACGCAUCCUCCCUUCUCCACCGUCUCGAAGCCGCUCAUAGAGAUGGUGACGGUGGAGCAAGAUCUGAACUCCCAGAUCGGAGCCGCGAUGUGCCUGGCGGCGGCGAUUGAGGCGGCGCCGGAGCCGGAGGUUGAGCAGCUGAGGAAGGUGCUGCCUAGGCUGGGUAAGCUGGUGAAGGGAGAAGGAUUCAAGGCCAAAGCGGCAUUGUUGAGUGUGAUUGGGAAUAUUGUAGGCGUUGGAGGCGCGGCGAGUAAGAGCAUUUUGGAAUGGUUAGUGCCCUGUUUGGUUGACCUAUUGAGCUCUGAAGAUUGGGCGGCGAGGAAGGCUGCGGCCGAGGCAUUGGGGAAGAUUGCAGUUGCGGAGAAACAAGCAGCCAAGGAUCAUAGAACUUCGUGUUUGAGCUCUUUGGAGAACAGGAGGUUUGAUAAGGUAAAGCUUGUUCGAGAGACUAUGAACCGUACCCUGGAGUUGUGGAAGGAGGUAGAUGGUGGUUCUGACCAAGAGAUUUCAGUGUCAAGCCUCUCUAGAUCUUCUUCAGGAGGAGAUAAUGGUAAUGGUGGAUGCAUCAGAAGCUCUAACAACGUUGGUUAUAAAACGCCUUCUUCAUCAAGGAAGUCUUUCCCACCACCCAAUAGGUCCCCUCCAUCGGAUGCUUCUCCUGUUGUGACCACAGCCAAGAAGCAAAGUCCUGUGAAGAGUAAUGACAGCAAUUCAAGGCCGGCAAUGUUUCAGAAAGUGGACCACAGGAGGCCUUCUCCCAAUUGGAAAAUUGAAGUUGCUGUAACACCACAGGAGAAGGCCUGUGAAGAUGACAUCAAGAUGCAGGAGCCAAAGGUCCUGAAACCUGUAGAGGAAGUGAAAAAUGGGAGUUUGAGUCCAGAAACUAAGCGGGUGCUCUUCAGCAGCAGCAGCACCCGCGGCGGCCAUGACAAGCUUCACAAAUUUGGUGGGUUCAGAUCUGGGUCGAGGGUGGUUCCUUAUGACUACGAUGAUGAAGGGGGUGACGGUGAAAUGUGUUACACCAAAGGAGUCGGGUUGAACAAGCCUGCUGAAGAUUUGUAUGAGAAUCCCAAAGAGAUGGAGGAUCUGUCCUUGAUUCGUGAACAACUUGUUCAGAUUGAAACCCAGCAAUCCAAUCUUUUGGACCUUCUCCAGCAGAGAUUCAUGGGGAGCUCUCAGAGCGGGAUCAACUCUCUGGAGACGAGAGUGCAUGGUUUGGAAAUGGCAUUGGAUGAAAUAUCACAUGACCUGGCUGUAUCAAGAGGAAGGAUACCCGAGACCGAUUCAGCCGAUAACACAUGCUGCAAGCUCCCCGGCACAGAAUUCUUGAGCUCGAAGCUAUGGAGAAGAACAGACAGCGAUCAGUACUCUGCAGCUUCAAGGUUCCCUUCGUCCCGUAUAAUGCAAUCACGAAACAGCCUUGGGAAUAGUGGGGCAUAUCUCCCCGAUGGCAGGAGAUUUCAGCAGAGACAUAGUACCAGCAAAGGUGGUUUUGUUGGCAACUCGUUGGAAGACGUUCAUGUUCUUGGCAGGGCCAAUAUGGCAGGGCUCUCUCCGAGACAAAUGUCAAGCAAACUAUUUCAAGAUGAAGCAAGUAGUCAAAGGGCGGGUAUCUGAAACACCAGCUGCGCCAAUUGCGUUUGUGCCAUGACCAAACUUGAGGCAGCAGGCAGGUUUACUACUGAAUCAAAAUCAUAGCGGAGAGUCUCAUUGGAAAGAGAAUUUGAAGAUGCUAAACAAGUUUGAUCGAUCACACGGGAGCCCUAUUAGUUAAAAAGAAACACAGGGAUAUCUUGAAGGUAGAGUUGCAGCAGAGUAUGGAAAUGAGAGUCGUCUGGAUUGGAUGUGUACAGGGAGACGAAACUGAAGUUAUCAUCAUCAUCAAUGGCGCCUUCUCUCUUCUUUCCCCUCCACAAUGCUUCUUAUGUAUUGGGAAUGAAUGUUGGUCAUGUUUGUCGAGCAGGUGUGGAAGUAGGAUCACAGUCUUUUCAUUAUUUGCGCCUAAAGGGUUAACAUUUGCGAUUAGGAAAAUUGGGGCUUCUUCAGCAGGUUGCAAUUUCUUCGUUUGCUUUUGGGGCUCUUAGUAGUUUUCCACGAGCAGGAUGGGAUGGAGGCAAUAAUACGAGAGAGCUUUUUGUGGUACAAAAUGGACACGUGCAAAAUGAACAAACACAGACUACAAACUCAAUCAAAUUCCACAAACAAGAAAAGCAAA